CUCUCUCUCUCUCUCUCCUCCGCUUCUCUCCUGAAUGACGGAAGACGCCGGAGACUUCCUGCCGCCGUCCACGUCUCACAUCCCCGCUGCGCCGGAGCCUGAGAGCCGGUGUUUGUCGAGAGAGGUCUGCGGCGAGAGACGCGUCUGUUCCCCGCAGCGGCAGCGGCAGCAUCACCGGGUGAGCUAACGGCUAAUAUACAGAUCAACGUCCUCCAGCCAGUGAAGGACUCUUCUGCUGCUGCUCAUGUCGUUCCCUCAUGGCCGUGUCAUGACCACCGUCACCCGCCUCCAGUCACAGCUCGUGUUGGUCCUGACCCUGGCUGUGCUGCUCUGCCCCUUGGGCUUAGUGACGGUUCGGGGGGAAAUCCAGACCCAGUCUCCUGCUCAGGUGCUCCAGGACCUGCUGAGCCGCUAUGGCGACAACAGCACCAUCACGGUGCCCCAGCUGCGCGCCCUGCUGGCCCUCCUCAGCAAGGAACAGGGUGAAGGUCACAGCGAGAGCAGCGGUGUGGCUGAGGCACCAACAAGCCCGCCUCCUAAAGCCAACAGGUCCAAGUGCCUGCCUGCAGACACGUUGGCCAUUUACAACAUUAGUGAGCAGACCCAGCUGGAUGGGCACCGUUUGACCAAGCUGUGCCCCACCAUGCUGCAGCAGCUGGGUGCUGGAUCCUGCAAGGUGCAAAAAGAGGAGAUGCUGAUCAGCGAACCCCCCCCCAGGCCCACAGGAGCUGAAGUGUGGGGUUAUGGGAUCCUGAGUGUGACACUCAUCUCUCUGUGUUCGCUGCUGGGGGCCUGCGUGGUGCCCUUCAUGAAGAAAACCUUUUACAAGCGACUGCUGCUCUACUUCAUAGCCCUGGCCAUUGGCACGCUCUACUCCAACGCCCUGUUUCAGCUCAUCCCAGAGGCGUUUGGUUUUGACCCCAUGGUGGAUUUCUACGUGUCCAAGUCGGCCGUCGUGUUUGGAGGAUUUUACCUCUUCUUCUUCACGGAGAAGAUUCUCAGAGUGCUGCUCAAACAGAAAAAUGGGAACCACGGCCACAGUCACUACCCCAGUGCAGGUCGCUGCCCGUCACCUGACAAGGAUUUGGAGGAGGGGGAGAAGGAGAAGCUGCAGCUGAACGGAGAAGCCAGCAGUCUGGCUGCGGGCAAAUUGGACGCAGGGGAGGGCGAGCUCAUGCUCAGCCCAGCUCAGACGCCGCAGGACUCCCAGAGGCCAGAGAGCACCGGGAGAUCCGGAGGUGGCGGCGGCUGCUAUUGGCUGAAGGGGACGACCUAUUCUGACAUCGGCACAUUGGCGUGGAUGAUCACGCUGAGUGACGGUCUGCACAACUUCAUCGAUGGCUUGGCUAUCGGAGCGUCCUUCACUUCGUCCGUCUUCCAGGGCGUCAGCACGUCCGUGGCCAUCCUGUGUGAGGAGUUCCCCCACGAGCUGGGAGACUUUGUGAUCCUGCUGAACGCCGGCAUGAGCAUACAACAGGCUCUGUUCUUCAACUUCCUGUCGGCCUGUUGCUGUUACCUGGGCAUGGGCUUCGGCAUCCUGGCCGGCAACAGCUUCUCACCCAACUGGAUCUUCGCCCUGGCAGGAGGAAUGUUCCUCUACAUCGCUCUGGCAGACAUGUUCCCAGAGAUGAACGAGGUGAGUCGUGAGGAAGAGGACGCCGGCGGCAGCAGCUUCCUCCUCACCUUUGCCAUCCAGAACGCCGGCCUGCUGACGGGCUUCUCCAUCAUGCUCCUCCUCACCACAUACUCCGGACAGAUACAGCUGGGCUAGCACCAGACCCCUCCGGACCGACACCAGCUCUGGCCCGUGCAACAUGAACUGGGGACGUCUGCUGGUUUGUGCCGGUGGAAACUGGCUCGGAGAGGAGUGGGAAGCCGGACCUUCUUUUCCUCUUUAUCUCCCUCUCUUCUUAAGCUAUAAGGACUCUGGAGUUUGGGGAGUUUGUCUGUGCGGCAGGUACGCACACUCCUCUGUAGUACAUAUUCGAGAAGCUGUUCAUACAUGCAGUAUAUCCCAGGCAGUGGGGGGGGGAGGCUGCUGCUCCCUCUGGAACAUCGACUUGUUCAGCCUACAAAGACGACUAAAGAUGUGCUGAACGUGCAAUACUCGCUCAGACUGCUCAUCAGCCAUUUUGGCUCCUGCUCUUGUUCUCUCGACCUUCACGGAGCCUCACACCAGAGUCUGUUGAGCCUCAUUAGAUGUUGAGUGUUUGCGUCACUGAUCCUCUGUGGCUGUAACGUUCCCUCAGGAGGUGAGAAAAGCACAAUCAGGUAACAGCAGCUGUGUUAGUGACAUCUUUGUGUCUUUUUAGACUCCUCCCCCAGACUCCUCCCUUCCCCGUGUUUCACUCCGCACCAAAAACCAAUUAUUACGGAACUGAAACUGGAAUUUGUAUCAAGUGUUGACAUCAGACAGACUUCCAGCUGGACCUUGUCGUUUGUGCGUUGAUGUUAUAUUUUCUUACGUGUGAAAAAUGUGAAAAAAAAGCGAUCAGUCUUUUGAAGAAUACAGGCAGAGCGCUGAGAAACGAUGAAGGGCUACUCGGUGACGUCUGGAGGGGCACUCUUCAUCCUCCCGACUCGUCUACAUCCUCGACAGGCAGAUCAAAACUCCUCCUGAAGCCUCGGCCGUCUCCUGUAAAGUCCAGAGUCUGAUUCUAGUGCAGAGCAGACACAACGACCCACUGUCCUCAGCAGCACUUCUCCAUAGUUAACCAUCUGUGCCCUUCAUUCAUAUCACGUUGAACAGUUGCAGCUUUCUGCCAUUCCUUGUGUUUUUGAGAUCUGCUCUUUCCACAUCUCAUAGACAGUUUUUCCCAAAGUAUUUUACCGUGCAGUCAUAGUUUUAACAUGAUACUGUAACUGAAUCAUAUACGUAUAGGCACACUUUGCCUACUGGUCAGGUCUGUGCGCUUAUCUUUAUUAAUCAUCCAUAACAAUAACAUAAAAAUGAGAUUAUAUACUUUUAUUUAGUUACUGUACUUAACACUGCGUGGCCACAAGUAUGGAGACAAACAUGUUUUAACCUUUGAAGAAGCAAUGAGAUCAGUUGAAAACACUCAUUCCUGCUCUGACAUUAUUCAGCCUCUCGGGGCAAAAUAAGCUGAAAUCGAUUUGUUUAUUAAUCGUUUCAUUUUAAAUUUAUAUUUUUAUAUCAUCAAAUAACUAAUUAAAACCAAACUUGAACAAACAUCAGUGAGAUAAAAACGACCUAAACCAUCUUUCACCACUUUCAGGUCUUUUAAAAAGAUGAUUUUCUCAGAUUUUAAAUUGGAAGAACUCGUCACUAAUCCUCUUGUGGCUGAACGGGAGCAAAGACCCGCAGCCGAUAGAACGGAGGUGGAUGUACGAAUACGAUGUUUAGGUGUCCACAUACUUUUGGCCAUGUAGUGUAAUUUAAACCGGAGGGGAUCCAGUGAAUGUCGGAGCUGAAACGUCUGAUUCCUUCUCUGCAGCAUUCAGGGGACGUGUAGCUGGUGUUUGUCAUGUUUGUUUAAAUGUGACUGGUUCUACUUCAACUAACUCUGACAUUAGUUUUGUUAAAUAUACACAUGAAGCAGCUGUUUAAACCGCAGCAGCAUCACGGUGUGUGUUAGAGUGUACACUACAAAUUUAGUGGAUCUCUGUUUGAGUUUCAUUUGCUGAUAUCUUACAGAUUCUUCACUGUACAAUAUUCAAAAUUCAAGCAGUCACCAGAAGCUACAAUGUGAGUAACGAUUAGAGUUGUAGAAUAUUAUUUAUUAGAAACCGAGAAGAAGUGAUUGGAUGUUAUGUUUGUAUAGUCGCACUAACAAAUUAAAAGAGAUUUCCGUUAUUUCCGGUUGGAAAAGUCAAGCCAUUAAAACAACUGGUACCAUGUGGUACAGUAUUACUGCUGUGUAAUAACUAAUGUACGGGAGGUUAUUUAUUAUCGCUUGAGCCAUAAAAUAUUUAUUUUAUGCUUUACAGCCGAGAUGAAAAAGUCAUUUUAGGUUUACACCACCAGCCGGGAGUGUUGGUCAUUUCUUUUGUUGUGAUAUUUUUAACUGAAGUCAAGAGUCGCUGCCUCACACAAACCUCAGUGUUCAGUUCACACACUGAACAACAAACCACACAACAAACAACCAGGAGCAACCAAACAACAAAAGUGUUUCUGCUGUCAAACAACCAACAAGCUAACGUUUAUCUUUAUGAAGAUUUUAACCGUUAUAAAACAAUUUAUAAAUCCUCUUUCAUACUUGUAAUCUUCUUUAAAAAAAGAUGCUGUACCUAAUGUAAUUCAUGUGAAUCCUCAUCAGCCUUCUGUGUGUCAUGGGAGCCCCUUUUUUUAUAAACAUCAUUUUACAAGAAAA